AUGAGGAUCCUGGUGGAGGCUGCUGCUGACGGAGGCCUCCUGCUCCACACUCUGAGAAACAACAUGUGUGCAGGCUUUCAGUCACAUCCACGGGAGGGAUUUCUGCAGCUCGAGGAGCGGGACUGCGGCUCGGAUGUGACUUUUGCUGGAUGCUGGCCGGGGCUCUACCGCUUGUGUCAGGACAGUCAUGCCACAAUGCUGAUGCUCGUCCCUCUGCUGCUGCUGCUCAGUGCGCUGGAUCCAGGCAGUGCGCGGGUGUCCUGCGGCCCUGGACAGAAGGCCUGCGACCCCCGGCGGCGGAGGGAUGCCGGGGGCCGCGGAGGAGUGUACGAGCACCUCGGAGGAGCGCCCAGGAGGAGGAAACUCUACUGCGCAACCAAAUAUCAUUUACAAAUACACCCCAACGGGAAGAUAGACGGAUCACUGGAGGAGAACAACCCGUACAGCAUCAUGGAGAUCACAGCUGUGGACGUGGGAGUCGUGGCGAUCAAAGGCCUGUUCUCCAGCAGAUUCCUCGCCAUGAACGACAAGGGUCGACUCUACGCCUCUGAAACCUUCACCAGAGAGUGUGAGUUUGUGGAGAGGAUUCACGAGCUCGGGUACAACACGUACGCCUCCCGUCACCACUCCACAGAACAGCCUCUGCCCACAGGGGGCGCCGCGGGCAGCAGGAGACGCGCCAGCGCCAAGCGACAGUGGUACGUGUCCAUAAACGGGAAAGGUCGGCCGAGGAGGGGCUUCAAAACCAGGAGUACGGACAAAGCGUCGCUCUUCCUGCCCCGAGUGUUGGCCCACAAAGACCACGAGAUGGUCAGGAGGCUCCGAGAGAGUCAGAGCGCACACCACACCCACCAGCACGGCGGCGGGCGCCAACGCCGCAGGAGGCAGCACCGCAGCCGCAAGGGUAAAGAGCCACGCGCACUGGACUAA